AUGACUUCAUUCAUCAUUCAAGGUACAUCUAAACCUACUCCUUAUACUCGAGAAAAAUACCCGAAGCUCUUUCUCCCUCUCCACUCUCCAUAUUUUCUCCACACGGCUCCGGCCACCACACACGGCUCCGGCCGCUCGGCAUCGGAGGGCCUUUGGCCAACACCCCCCGGGUGUGGAAUCGAGGAAGAGAGAGAAGGAAGAUCGAAGGUUGAAGGAUCUAGAAGCGAAUAUUCUCCCGUGAGAUUAUUUGCACAAACAUUUGGUGCUUUCAUUGAGAGCACGAGUUAUACUCAACGCGUGCUCAAGGAAUCCGUUCCUCAUAUUUUCCAAUCCACUGAAGCCUUCCAAACAACCAUGGUUGGAAGCAAGCGCACGAGGAGUAAAACCGCUGCGAUGGCUCAAUCCGUGACGGCCCAAAGCCACUCCACCCACGACCCCGCGAUCGACAUGGUGGCACCACCACCUCUCGCCACCGUGCCACCUACCGGACCCGCGGCCGGACCUAGCAACCUCCGUGGCACCGCCGCUGAACAUGGUGGAACCUCCCAUCAAGGUGGGCUUGUUACCACCACCGACUUAGGCCCGAUCUUGGAACAACUUCAAGCAUUCCCUCCAUUGCCUCCACGCUCGAAGCACACUCUCGGGUACACCUCCAAUGAAACCCUAGCCCGUGUGUAA